CAUCCGACGCAAUCGUCCAGCCAUGACGGUCUUCCCACCACGCCCAGCCUCACCAACGGUGGCCCAGCAAACCAACCACCUCGAUGCCUGCCUCGCCCUCCAAAAUACAGGCGUCAAUGAACAUUCCAAACGCCCAUUUGCUGCCCUCCUCGUUGGUCCAAACGACGAAAUCCUCUUGACUCACCUCAGCAUCUCGCACAUCGAACAUGCCGAAUCCAGUCUCGCCCUUCUAGCCUCGAAACACUAUUCUUCCGCCUAUCUUUGGACAUGCACUUUAUACUCUACUUGGGAGCCGUGUGCAAUGUGUGCUGGUACCAUCUACUGGGCAAACAUCGGUAGAGUGGUAUAUGCGGUUGAAGAGGAAGUUUUGAAGCGAAUUACUGGCGAGGGCAAUGAGGAGAACUUUACCAUGAGUUUGGGAUGUAGAGAAGUUUUUGGCAAAGGGCAGAAGGAUGUGAAGGUGUACGGACCUGUGGAUGGUGUGAGGGAGAGGGUUAUUGAGGAAAGUGAUAGGUUUUGGAAACCGAUUAGGGAGGGAUUGGGUGGGCAGAACUAGUUGAGCAGCUCACUCUCCCUUCGACAGCUAUCUUGGUGACCGAUCGGCACCUGAUAUGCUAAGAAAACUUUUACCUAUGAUUCGAUACCUCUAGCUACACUCACUUUACUAUGCAAACAGUUGACUCGACAGAGUUGCCUUGCUGGCCAAUAUCGAGUUGAAAGAUGCCGAAGCAAUAUUAUAUCAAAGUGAGGCUGUGUCAGGGUGGCCCUGAAGCGUCGACGCACGGUCCAAGAGGUCAAAAGCGCU